ACAAGGGGGCGGAGUCUGCGGCAAAUUAACAAGCUGUGAGCUGCGGAUGAGAGCAGCAGAGACCUCAGUUAUCCAUCCAUCCUGCUUUACCUUACGCCCUUUGACGCUCUCCUGUGGUCUGCGCUGAGAUGUUGGUUCUGGAGGUUUCGAUUCUGCUUUUCCCCUUCCUGCUCUCCAUCCUGUUGCCGGGCUACGGUUGCUGGGCGGCGGACGUUCCAGAGGACACCACUUCGGAGUUUUCGGUCAGGCUGUACCACCGGCUGCAGGCGGCAGGGGGUCAGGAAAACAUCAUUUUUUCUCCACUGAGUGUGUCUGUUGCCCUCGGCAUGGUGGAGCUGGGAGCCCGGGGGGCUUCGCUGGAGGAGAUUCGAGAGGCUGUGGGAUUCAGUCACUUACUGCCUGGCGUGGAGUUCUCCUUGCUCCAGAACUUGACAGAGGCGCUCUCCGAUGAUGACGCCCACUACGUGAUCCGGUUUGCAAACAGCCUCUUCCUGCAGGAAGGCAUCAGCUUUAACCCGGACUUUCUGCACCUGAUGAAGAAAUACUUUCAGGCCGAAGUGGAAACUGUGGAUUUCAGCGAAUCUUCGGUGGUCGCCGAACAGAUCAACAACUGGGUGGAGAAUCACACAGAGAGCAAGAUUCGUUCACUGCUGUCAGCCGAGGAUUUCAGCAGCGUCACCCGUCUCACUCUGGUGAACGCCGUCUAUUUCCGAGGAUCCUGGAAAAACCAGUUCAGGCCAGAGAACACCAGAACCUUUUCCUUCAGCAGAGAUGAUGGCUCGGAGGUUCAGACCCUGAUGAUGUACCAGCAGGGAGACUUUUACUAUGGUGAAUUCAGUGACGGCUCCCAGGAGGCUGGCGGUGUGUACCAAGUCCUGGAGAUGCCCUAUGAGGGCGAGGACAUGUCCAUGAUGAUCGUAUUGCCCCGGCAGGAGGUUCCUCUGGCUUCCCUGGAGCCCAUCAUCAAAGCACCACUGCUGGAGGAGUGGGCAAACAACGUUAAACGACAGAAGGUGGAGGUGUACCUGCCUAGGUUUAAGGUGGAGCAGAAGAUUGAUCUGAGAACCAUCCUGCAGGACCUGGGAAUUACUAAAAUCUUCACCAAUGAUGCUGAUCUCUCCGCCAUGUCAGAUGGGAAGGACCUGUACAUUGGGAAGGCAGUGCAGAAGGCUUACCUGGAGGUGACGGAGGAAGGUUCAGAAGGAGCUGUUGGAUCUGGAAUGAUUGCCUUGACCAGGACUCUGGUGCUGAACCAGCAGGUCAUGGCGGAUCAUCCAUUCUUCUUUGUCAUCAGAAACAGAAGAACAGGCUCCAUUCUUUUCAUGGGCAGAGUCAUGACCCCCGAAGUCGUCGAGCCCUUCGACCACGACUUCGACUCCGUUUAGACGAGACGCGAGGCUGCGCUGUCAAUCAAAUCCUGACGUCAUAAAUGCUACCUAUUCUCUA